UCUACGUAAAACCAAUCAUGAUAUCGUUUAAAUAUGUUAUGUUCAUAAUUUCUUCGAUAACUAUAACGACAGGAAAGAUUUACGAUCAUUGUGAAUUGGCUAAUGAGUUACUUAAUAAAUACAAUUUUCCCCAAGAUCAGAUAGCAACAUGGGUCUGUAUUGCUUACAAAGAGUCCAGUUACAAUACCGCAGCAAAAUCUCAAGAUGGUCAUGAUUUCGGUCUGUUUCAAAUAGACAAUACGUACUGGUGUUCACCUCCCGGAACAGGCUGCGGUGUGUCUUGUGAUCAAUUGUUAAACGACGACAUCUCAGAUGAUGUUAAAUGCGUCAAAACUAUCUACGAUGUCACCCAACAAGAAACUGGAAAUGGAUUUUCGGCAUGGGCCACUUAUCCGAUGUGUCAAGAUAACGUUAAUAGUUAUACUGACGGUUGUUUUCGAAAGAAGCAUCACAAAGGUGUAAAAUCGCCCAAAAUGAGUGUGGCUUACCCGUACCCAGUGUUCUAUCUAAAAUCAAUCAUGACAUCGUUUAAAUAUGUUAUAUUCAUAAUUUCCGUGAUAACUAUAACAACAGCAAAGAUUUACGAUCGUUGUGACUUAGCUAGAGACUUACUUUAUAAAUACAAUUUUCCCAAAGAACAAAUAGCGACAUGGGUGUGUAUUGCUUUUCGAGAGUCUAGUUACAACACUGCAGCAAAAUCUCCAGAUGGUCAUGAUUUCGGCCUAUUUCAAAUAGAUAACAUGUACUGGUGUUCACCUCCCGGAACAGGAUGCGGUGUGUCUUGCGAUCAAAUGUUAAACGACGACAUAUCAGAUGAUGUUAAAUGCGUCAAAACUAUCUUUGACGUCACCAAAAAAGAACGUGGAAAUGGAUUUUUGGCUUGGACCACUUAUUCGAUGUGUAAAAAUAAUGUUAAUAGUUAUACGGAUGGGUAUCCAGUGUUCGGUCUAAAACCAAUCAUGACAUCGUUUAAAUAUGUUAUAUUCAUAAUUUCCGUGAUAACUAUAACAACAGCAAAGAUUUACGAUCGUUGUGACUUAGCAAGAGACUUACUUUAUAAAUACAAUUUUCCCAAAGAACAAAUAGCGACAUGGGUGUGUAUUGCUUUCCGAGAGUCUAGUUACAACACUGCAGCAAAAUCUCCAGAUGGUCAUGAUUUCGGCCUAUUUCAAAUAGAUAAUAUGUACUGGUGUUCACCUCCCGGAAGAGGAUGCGGUGUGUCUUGCGAUCAAAUGUUAAACGACGACAUAUCAGAUGAUGUUAAAUGCGUGAAAACUAUCUUUGAUGUCACCAAAAAAGAACGUGGAAAUGGAUUUUUGGCUUGGACUACUUAUUCGAUGUGUAAAAAUAAUGUUAGUCGUUAUACGGAAGGAUGCUUCGGUCUAUUUCAAAUAGAUAACAUGUACUGGUGUUCACCUCCCGGAACAGGAUGCAGUGUGUCUUGUGAUCAACUGUUAAACGAUGACAUAUCAGAUGUUGUAGAAUGCGUCAAAACUAUCUUUAAUGUGAUCCAACAAGAACGAGGAAAUGGAUUUUUGGGUUGGACCACUUAUUCAAUGUGUCAAGGUAGCCAUCAUUAUACGGAUGGAUGCUUUAAAAAAAAGAUCAGGUGGGUGUAAAAUCACCUAAAAUGGGUGUGGGUAAAAUUCAUUUCCUAAGGCCUACU